AUGGCUUUCAACUCUGCUUCUAACAUUUAGUCAGUGGUAAUGAAAGAAGAUGGCUUUGGAUAAAUGGGCUUUUACAUUUUGGCAGUGCUCUACUUAUUUAUGGGCAUUGGGAGUGUUGUUUCUACUGCAAUCAUCAAUAAACUGGGCUCAAGAUAUUGCUUCAUUAUAGGUGGACUGGGCAAUGUAUAAUGGAUCUUGAGCACUAUUUUAGCAGCAGAGUAGAAGUCUAGAAUAUUCAAGACAGAUGGAACUAUUGAAAAGCCAAGCAAGUAUAUUACAGCUGCUCUAUAUGUUUCAACUAUGAUAAAUGGCUUCACUGUAGGAGUGCUUUGGGCCUGCGCAAAUAAUUUUGUAGCUAGAUGCGCAUCAGAGACUAACAAGGGAUUUGCCUUUAGUUACUUUUGGUCCUUUUAUAUGUGCUCUUAGAUAUUAGGGAAUCUCAUUGCAGCAUUCACUCUUGGAAAGUUUAGCCAGUAAAUUUACUUUCUAGUUAUGGGGGUAAUCGCAUUACUAGGUACCUUGACAUUCGUCUUUUUAUCAGAACCUGAAAAUCAUAAAUCGUCCGAUUCGCCAGAGACUAAAUAAAAUGAAGGUCUUGAUAUUGAAAUGAGGUAGGAACCAUAGCACAGUUUUAUGGACGAUGUCAAAUCUGUGAUAGAGUUACUGUAGAAUAAAAGAAUGAGAAUGCUAUUACCUUAAUUAUGCUGGACUGGAAUAUCGAUAGCGGUUUACACUGGUCUUUUAGUACCAACAAUCGUGAGCACCUUGCCAGAAGCAACCGAACAAAAGCAAUUCCAGUACUCUAUGAUUACAAUGGUUGCCUUAGGGUUCGGAGAGAUAAUAGGAGCCAAUAUAUAGGGUAGAAUAGUAGAUAAAUUCGGGACUAAAAUUACUUGCAUCAUAAAUGUGGUUUACAUACUGAUUUCAACAAUGCUAGUCCUUAACUAUCUUUAUGUGAACAAAUUUACAUACUUCGCUUUUGCGAUGACAUUUAUGUGGGGUUUCUAAGACAGUUCUGUUAGUAUACAUCUCAAUGCCAUUCUAGGGUUUGAAUUUGAAGGAAAUUCUGAACCUUUCUCGAUAGACGCACUGAUUGAAGCAAUAAUGGUCUUUACAUUCUAGGUGAUUUAAUCAUUUAUUAUAUCACAGAAAGCACAUUUUUACUAUAUAACAUUCGUCGGAUUCUGUGGAAUGUCAAUGACGUUUUGCACCUAUUUUUUCGCAUUUAGACCUGUCAAAGACAUUAUAAAUAAUGAUAAUGGAGAUGAUCUACCUCUCAUCGAAGUAAGGUAGCAGCCCACUCAAGACAACCAAACAAAUGGACUAGUCAAAAUAUAAAAGCAAUAAAUCAUUCAAUGA